AUGGCCGGCAUCUACCGACGUUCGCUCGCCCGUAUUGGGCGCAAGGAGAGCGAGAUCUCUGAGAUUCGCACCACUCCAGCCGAUGAGCUCUCUUCAUGGCUUGGCGAUGAUGUCUGCACCAACUGCGGCGCUUCGACAGCACACGGCAAGCUCUUCUGCUCUGAAGCUUGCAAGCUCGCUGACGCAAAGGAGGUGACCCAGGCUUCUCUCAUCGAGAACCUUGCUUCUCCCCUCCCCAAGUCGGAUGAGUUUGUCAAUCUCGACGAUGCUUCCAAGUUUCGAUACCCUUGCCCACCAUCCCCAAGCUUGCUCGCUCAGAUGUCUGCACCUCACCGCACCACCUACCUCACAUCACCUGCUCUUGCCGCAUACCAGAGCUCACUACCAGUAUCCAGGGGUCGAUUGAGCCUGGCUUCCUCGACAUCCAACGAGGUUCGACACACCAAAAAGCGCAGCAGCUCGCAGUCCACCUUUUCUUCCAUCUCGGAGUCCAACGCAAGUCACAGUGCCUUUGCCCGCACUGACCCAUCGACACCAUCACCCGCCUACGGCCCCGCUGAGGAUGAGUCGAGUGACCUCGAUGCGCAGGAGUUCCAGCUUCCUCCUUCCGUCAGCACCGCCAGCUCGGUCAUGCUCCGCAAGAGCUCCAAGUCCGGAUCGCAAGCAGCAUUACCGCGCCCCACCAACACUGAUGGCCGCACUCCCAAGUCGCCUCUAUGGUAUGCUCGCCGUCCUAGCAACACUAACUCACGAGGCAGCUGGUACACCUCUCCUGCCAUCACGGCGACCACCAUGGUCACCGCGAUCAGUCAGGACCACCGUGCAACUGCAUCCUCCUCGCUCUCAAAUGGCUCAUCAGAUCUCCGCUCGCGUUCAACCGAUGCGGAUGCCACCUUGACACGCAAGGCAGCUAAGGACAUCCUUGCUCAAGCCUUCCCUUCUGCAAGCACAAGCCAACGCCGUGGACGCUCCGAGCAGCUCGAGACCCGAUCACCGCCUCCUGCCCACUCGGUCGCUUCAUCUGCCGGCAAGACACUCCGUGGCACCAGUCCUCUGAGCUCGCGAGCUUUCAGCCCUCGCAGCACUGAGCUCGGCUGCGACCGAUGCCGUACCAUCUCAAACCUCUCGGGUGAACACAACGUCUACGGUAGCAGUCUCGUUUCUUCCAACUCUCGUCGCGGCUCCAUCUCGCCUCGACUUGAAGCUGAUGAGCGAUACCGCAGCAUGAAGCAGUACCACAAGCACUCGCACAGUGCCGCAGCUGGUCUCUCCUUCACCCACAUGAAGUUGCGAGACUUGCUCGUCAACACCGAAGAGGCAACACAAGCUGCCAAGUCAAUCGAACGUCAAGGUCGUCAGACAGCACGAACCACAGUCAUUGACGAUGCACAGCAGCAAGAUGUGCGUGCUACCCCUCCUCGUGGUCGAUCCAAAGCUCGUGGAAGGAGCUCGCACCGUCGCAGUCCCAGCCCUCCUCGAGCUGCUGCCAGGCGCGAUUCGGCUCUCAUCGAGGAGAAACGUGCAGCUUCGCCUGCUCCUAUCUCGCCUCGCUCGCAACCCAUCUCGAUGCCCAUGAUGGCUCGAGACUCGCGACGAUCCAGCGGUGAGGACGCUUAUCACCACGACGAGGAGUUGCGAUCGGCUUUGCCCGAACGCCCUUCACCGCUAGCACUCAUCUCCGAGAAGGAAGCCCUUCCCGCUGCCCCUGCAGAGGACCUUGAUGUUCGCGGUCGUGGCCGUGGUCGCAGCACCCGCCGAGGACGAGGCUCGCAAGAACGUGGCUCCACAUCCCGCUCUCGCUCUCGCUGGAUCCACCAAGACUGCGAAGUCUCCUGGGCAGGCUACGGUCACCGAGCUUCUGACCGAGGCGAAGUUGAACCCAAGCAACAACGUCAGCAGCCUCGCUCGCGCACUCGACCCACUGGCACACUCGACUUCACCGAUCCCGGCUUCGACGACGUCGAUCUCGAACUGGACGGAGAUGACCAACGUGAAGAGUCUUGA